UCGACUUCUCUCGUAUGUCUCGCGAGCCUUUCCGUUUCCACGUACGUAGAUUCAACGCGUGUACGAUAAUCCUGCCUGGUUCUAGGUUUAUUCUUUCAUAUGGUUGGCCCAGAAGAUGGCAGAGAAUCUCAACCCAGAGGAAGUCCUUACCCCGCAGCAUCCACCCAAUACAGAGCCAAAUGCAGCAGAAGGGAGCAGUUCUGAACCCAGGGGCCUGUCUUCGUCUCAGAGGGAGGUUCUGGAGCGCUGUCUACAUGCUCUCACUCAUGCAAAGAAUGACAGCCACAUUUUAGCAGCACUUCUCCUGAUCACAAGGCUGUGUCCACCAAGACAGCUGGAUAACGAAACUCUACAUCAGAUUUUUGAAGCAGUAGGUUUUAAUCUUCCCGCACGCCUUCUGGUUACAGCAUUUCGGGGUGAAGACCGCUCCGGAUUGCCCCCGGAGGAGUUGAUCUCUCUGGGCACUGCUCUAUUGGCUGCUCUCAGCACAGACACAAGCAUGGUUGCUCAUCCACAGCUUCUCAGCACAGUCCCUCUGAUCCUGAGCAUACUGGAGAACGGACCCAACUGGACAGAUAAACAGACAAAAACACUUGGGAAAGAAUCCCAGAGUGGAAGUGCUACAGAUUCCCAGACCACUUCUAGUACGUCUACCUUGGACGAGGCUUUGGCUUGUGACUGCUAUCAGGUUCUAAAUGCUGUGUGUGCUUUACCGCAAGGCCCCGAGCAGCUUCUCACCCGUGGUGCUGUUCUGUCUCUAUGUAGAGCCAUACUCAAAAAACAAACUCUCAGCCAUGAAAAAGGGCUUCCACUGUUGGGAUACCUGUUGUCAUCUAGCAUAAGAUCAAGGGCUUGGACUAAACACUCGUCUGAUCUCCUCUUGCUGUUGCAAAACGUUUCGGAAAACUUCUGCCGAGUUUCAGAUCAGGACCGGUUAGAGAUAUGCUCUCAAAUAGCACCGUUUCUUCCUCCACCCGGGGUCGAGUCAGAAAGCCUGGUGCUUAAGGAGAUUGUGGGUAAUCUAUGGGCUUCGCUGCGGCCUUUGGUUCAGGGCAAGCUCAGUCAAGAGCAUUUAGGCUCAGUUUUGGUAGUAUCUGCCUGCCUUCUGGACCUGUAUGGAUGGGAAUCAACGGGACCUCCUAAAUUCUGUUGCCUGCUGGUGAACCGGGCGUGUGUGGAGGUGAGGAUGGGUCUAGAAGAGCCGCCGGGUACAGAAAUCUCCCCCCAGCUGCAGCACAUACUCACUGCCUGCUAUCGCAUCAUGGAAGCGGCUAUGGAACAAGCCUGUAGCCAAGGGACGGUUUCAAACCCUGCUCAGAUACAGACAGCUAUCACUGGCCUGAGUCUUCAGCAGAGCAGACAGGUCCUAGGAGCUCUGGAGGAGGCAUUCUCAGCUGAAAUUUACUAUCUGAAACAGGUGGAGCAGACCAGCUAUGAUGAGCCAUUUCUGUUCGCCACUUUUCGCUCCCUCUGUGCAUGGCUUGCUGAGGAAACCUCAUGUCUGAAGGAAGAAGUCGUUGACCUCUUGCCUUUUCUCAUUGGCUAUGCUAAAAGUCACUUCAAGGGAGGGGAAAAGGGGAAGGGACUUGCUGAUUGGAUGUCAAAGAUGUCCUUCAGCAACAGUUCACAAGAUGGGACCUGGAGCACCGAAGCUGCUCUUAGAUAUCUACUCCCAUCUCUGUGCCACCUCUCGGCUGAAGACGGGCCGAGGCGGGUUCUUCUCUCUCUGGAUACUCCAGCCUUGCUUGUGGAUUUUCUGAGUAAAGGUUGGGCGUCUUUGAGAGGUCAGAGCGGGAAAACGGUGACACGAGACCCCAGUCUGGAAACGGCAUGUUCUGCUUUACUAAACUUUGCCAUCACAGAGCCAGAACGAGUCAGGAAUGAUCCUUGUUUCGUGGCUCUUGAGAGCAUGCUGAGUGAAGCACUUCCGGUUCUCCUCCAUAAGCCACGCCUCUUGGUCUUAGCAGCAAACUGUUGCACUUUGGGUCUCAUGAUUGCCAGGCUGAAGUCAACUUCCACAGACCCUGUAGAACUAGGCCAGCGGCGUUUCUUCUCCUCAGUUCUGUCUUUUCUCCUGAGUGCUGUGCAGUCCGGACAGGCUUCUAAACCGGCACGGAUCAGCGCUCUCUGGGAGGAACACUGGGAGGAGGCUGGAGAGCUCUGGAGGCUCAGUUUGCAGGCUUUGGGCGGUUGUGUUCGAGCUCAGCCCUGGAUAACCACCCUGAUCAGAGAUGAAGGAUGGCUGGAGAACAUCUUCACUCUGCUAGGAUCCAGUGGACGUCUCCCAGACCAACCUUCACAGGAUGCUCUUGAGGAAGUCCUCUGUGCCAUUGCCAAGCUAUGCCCGGUGUGUCGUAAGGACAUUAGUGAGCUGGUCAAGAGUGUAAGCUCUGGAUCUCUUCAGGGUUUGCCACAGCUUAGUAGAAUAUUGGUGGAGUAGCAUUUGUGAAAUACAUAUUUAAUAAGACAGAUUAAAGCACUUAUUACGUUGUCAUAUUUGUCUGUUUGGCAUAUUAAAUAUGCAAUGGAUUUGUAAUACACUCUUUGGCCAAAGUAAAAACAAAAAUGUUGAAUAAAAAUAUUUCUGCUAUU